GUUAAUGGCUUAAAACUCCGGAAUGAACUACGUUUCCUAGCGUCCUUUUCGGACCAGUGCAACCACAAAGCGAAACGUCAACAGAGAACGGUCUGAAAGAAUUUGGCUCCUGCUCUUACUGUCAACUAUAUAUUCACCCCUUUUCAUGUCGUCGUUUUCAUGGAAGAAUUACUUUUAUCAUCGUCUACCAGCGCAUAGUGAUGUAACGUUAACCUUUGCGAGCUAGCUAUACUCCUUGUUCUGACCAUCCCUGACACUGACAUCUAUUUCAACAUGGACGAAGACUUUAUGGUUGCUCUGCAGCUGCAGGAACAGUUCGACAACGAAUAUGAAUCCUCCUUAUUAUCACCAACGAACUUUGUAGAGAAUAGCGUUGAGCAAAGUAGUAAAAAAAGAAAAAUAGAAUCGGGGGGUAAUGGUAUUCCCUGGACAAACCGAGUUGAAAGGCCGAUGUCCAUCGUGGAUGAGUCCUGGGAGAUCUUGGACCCCAGCCCUGAUGUUCGAGCUAUGUUUUUGGAGUUCAAUGCCAUGUUCUUCGAGGGCAAACUCAGUGGAGUCGAGGUCAAAUGGAGCCCAAGAAUGACACUUUGUGCAGGUGUGUGUUCUUACGAGGGCCGCGGUGGACUGUGUUCAAUUAGACUCAGUGAGCCGCUAUUGAAGCUCAGACCCAGGCGGGACCUGGUGCAGACUCUCCUCCAUGAGAUGAUCCAUGCGCUGCUGUUUGUGACCCAGAACAACAGAGACAGAGAUGGACAUGGGCCUGAGUUCUGCAAGCACAUGGAAAGGAUCAACACAGCCACUGGGACCAAAAUAACUGUCUACCACAGCUUCACCGACGAGGUCGACCUGUAUCGGCAACACUGGUGGAAAUGCGAUGGCCCCUGCCAGCAUCGAAAGCCUUACUUUGGAUUCGUGAAGAGGGCAAUGAACCGGGCCCCGUCUGCCAAUGACCCCUGGUGGGGAGAUCACCAGAGGACCUGUGGUGGGACUUACAACAAGGUGAAGGAGCCCGAAGGCUACGGGAAGAAGAAAGGCAAGGCAGAGUCUGGAAAGGCACAGUCUGGCAAGGAUAAGAUGGCAGAGGGGAAAAAGCCAGUGGGGAACGCAAAACCAUCUAGCACAACCACAGCCAGUUCCAGGUCGCAGGACAUCAGAGACAUGAUCCCAUUUAGUGGGAAGGGCGUUCUUCUCGGGGGGUCACAGCCCUCCUCUUCUCCAAAAUCACCAGAGCCUGUUUGGAAAAGACCUUUCCCUAGCCCUGUUUCCUCUCCCAAACGACCCCCAUUCUCACCUCCACCCCGAAACAAACUUGGCUCUCCCACGGAUGCCUUUCUGGAUUCUCUGGGCAAGAACAGUUCUGGCACCUUGCCCCUAAAUAAGCCGCCCACAAAGCGCUCUGUGGGCAACACCAAGUACUUUGUCAGCAUCAAUGGCUCGCCGGUUAGAGUACCCAAACCUAACCGUGGCAACGUUGGACCAGGGUCCGCCAAGCAACACACCCCCGGAGGACACAUUCUAAAUGCUAAGCAGAAGUCUGUGAAAGAGCUUUUUGAUAGUUUCAGCAUAACUGAGAGCACGAAGCCCUUAACAGACAGCAAUGGAAAAACUCCCUCAUCAACCAGACAACAGGUCAAUCCUCCAUCUUCCCUCUCAAAGUAUCCAUCCGGUGCUCCCACAAUGUCAAAACCGAGCCCUACCAAACCGAGCCAGUCCAAGUAUUUUGGCAGUCAGGGUGCGGCUGGAGCUGCCUCCGUUUCUGCAGUCCCCUCCAGGAAGAGGUCGUGGGACGAGCGCGGUGGCACUCCUAAUCUCUUAGACUUCUUCAGCAAAAAGGCUGGAGGCUCGGGGUUACCCCAAGGCCAGGAGAGGGUAACGGGAAGCGGGGCCUCCGCUGCGUCCGGUUCCUCUGGAGAGCACCAAAAAACUGCCACUGCCACAGUAACCAGCAGCACCGCCCCCAAUUCCUCGUCACACUUCCCGUCGUCUUCUGCUGCGUCGUCCUCGUCCACUGCACUGCCUAACACCAGCUCUUCCUCCUCUGUCCCUCUACCACUGAUGGUCAGCUGCCCUGUGUGCCAAGUAAAGGUACAGGAGUCCAAGAUCAAUGAGCAUCUCGACUCCUGUCUUUGUUAAGGAGGGCGGUGAAUGUGGACAGAAUGUUGAUACAUUGUUGUAUCACUCCUGACUUCAGAUGAGUAAAAAUACAAGUUUGCAGAUUCUUUGUUCUUGACCAACUGUUUAAUUCAGGGAGUUGACGUAGAACCAUUUUGGUUCUACUGCCGGUAAGCUCUUAAUGAAGUAGAGAGGUACUUCAUAAGAGUGCUAGUAAUAAUAAGGCGUAGGCACACCAUUUUUGCGUUUGGGAUUGUUUUAGUUUGUGCUUUUAUUAUAUUUUAUUAAAAUGGAGAGAUUGCCUAUGUUAACUACAACUUGAGUGCUGUUCUGAAAGACUGUGUCUUUAGCCUUACAACCAAAUAAUCUUCAGUUCAUUGAUGCCUCCUAUAAUAAUAUUAUGGCUAAGAGAUAGCACCAGAUUAAAAAUCAAUGUCUUCCAAAGUUCAUGCCUCGAUUGGAACUAAAUAACGGAAAAUAUAUUAUAUAUAAUUCAGCCUCUGCUGUAGCGCAAACUAUAUCUACCUCUCUUAACGGUUAAAAGGAGUGUUGGGACUGCCAUUCUCAUAGAUUUGCUGAUCUGUGGCCGGCAAAGGGGAUGUUUCACUGCUCAUUUUGGUGCUAUCACAUUUCAACCGGGCCAGCUAUGGUAUCCGCUUCCUUUGCCCAUAAGAAUUCCCAGUGCAUUCUGCUUUGGCAAGCAUUCGCAAGGGCGUGUGCAUCUGACCUUGAUGGGCAAUGAAUGAGGAUGUGCCAGUUGAAUUUAAUCAUUCCCAUUUAAAAUGUUACUAUGUGGUUAAAGGUUUUAUAGUGGAAAUUCUCCUCUCUUUUUUUGUGGAGGGCAAAUUAUUGCAUUGUUACAGAGGAUUUGAAUGCUACUUAUUAUAUGUUGUUUUGCAAUACAUAUUUUUAGAUGUAUUGAAUUCCUAAGCAAAUAAAAGUUUGUUUUAAACUUUUUUUUCUUUGCAUGGAUAUGAUUAACCCACCUAUUUAUUUUUAAAAUGUAUUCUAUUUUGUGAAAGAACCUUGCGUUGAACGUAACAUAUGGCCAUACAUAUAUGGAACUGGAUUCUGUGUCACCACUUAUAACAAUUGCCCCUUACAGGGAAGGUUUUGUUAAUAAGCUUUAUUCACUAUACUCAUUCUGCCAUUUUUUCAGAACACUUUUUCCCUUUUUUGAAAAUUGGAUACAAGAAUUCGAUUAUUAUAAGAUUUGACCCUACAUUUUUCAUUUACUUGAUUUAAGAACCAGACCGGGCUGUGCACUAGCCACCAAAUGUGCUAGAUCUUCAAGUGUCUUUCAAGUGUUAUUUCUUCAGGUUUGGAAUCAAUGGGGACAUCUGCCAAAGGGAAUUCGGGGACUAGGGACAAAAUAGAAAGGGGGAGUGAUGGAUAAUGGAGGAAGAUUGAUGUUAAGGACAGCUGGUGACUAGGGCGUCCAGACUAAGGAAGGGUUGGAUGUGGGGGGGUUGGAGAGUAAGAGUCAAGGGUAAGAAUCAGAAUGGGCAGGACAAAUGGGUGGAAGAGUGUCUUAGAGAGGCAGGCUCAACAUAACAGACAGACUGAUAGACAUGCCAUGUUCCCAACACUUGGCUCUGUGCGAUUGGGUGGUAACACAAAUUAGUUAAGCACGUGCAAGCCCAUUAUUAAUAUCCAUUCUUGAAUCACGAAAAACCACUUCCUCUUGCCCUUCCUUCCAUGGUACAUGAUUUAGAUGUUCCAAUCUAUAGACUUCUGAUCUUCAGAUUUUAGGGCAUGGUGAGGUUGGGGCAUGCAUUCAUAAUGGACUCCUUUGAUGCUGGAGUAAUAGCAGGUUAAACACAGCUGUGGUUCCCAAAAAAAAAGAUUGGGACUGGCGUGUUUAUUAAGUCUGCCAGAGCUGCAAUGCCUUCCUGUGUUAGCUGGGGAAAACAAAGCCAUCUUGGCUUUGCCGUACUUCUCCCUAGAAGUUAGGGGGAGAAAGGAAGGAAGGAAGGAAGGAACAAACAAUGGAAAAAGAUACAACAACUGGGACAGUGACUCGGCAGCUGGUCACAAUCGCUGUCUUUAUUUCUGUGACCAUCCCAAGUCUAUGCUCCAGAACAAUGAAACAUCCCAUAAAAGUUAACUCUUUAUUUGGAACACCGGUGUUCCACAAGCAGGCAAAUACAUAAACAU